AAUUUUGCUUUUUUUCAGAUAAUCUGAAAUGUCUGCUGUUGAUAAGAUGGACUGUGCUCUUGAUCUAAUGCGUCGGCUGCCUCCGCAAUAUGUCGAACAAAAUUUGAGUAAGGUCGUGGAUCUGGUUCCUGAAUUAUGCGCAGAUCUUUUGUCAUCGGUAGACCAGCCUCUGAAAGUCGUCCGAGACGAUGGCGUGGGCAAAGAUUUCCUCGUGUGUGAUUACAAUCGUGACGGAGACUCUCACAGAUCGCCUUUUAGUAAUUUAUACUUCCCACCCCUAGAUGACGGCAUUGUUCCGUCAGACAAAUUGCGAGAAGUUGAAACAUUUGCCAAUGAAGCCUUCGACAAGUACCGAGAACUUUACUACGAAGGUGGCCUGUCUUCCGUUUACUUAUGGGACAUUGAUCCUGGUUUCGCUGGUGCUAUUUUGAUGAAAAAAUCUGUGAAUGAUCCGGAGGCUAAGGUCAAGGGAUGUUGGGACUCCAUCAAUGUCAUCGAAGUCGUACCCGAAAUGGCUGGAAACAAAAGUGCCCAUUACAAACUCACGACAACUAUCAUGCUUUGGCUUCAGUCAGACGCAGAUAAGUCGGGUAACAUGAAUUUGGGAGGAAGCAUAACUAGACAGAGUGGUGGAGAUAAAGAGUUAGUUGGGGAUUUUGGACCAGCGCAUGUGAAAAAUAUUGGCGAGUUGGUCGAGGAAAUGGAGACGAAAUGUAGAUUGUCUCUCAAUGAUAUCUACUUUGGCAAGACGAAAGACGUGACCAAUAUGGUUCGGUCAGUAGGCAGCUUGGUCGAAAAGAACAAUCAAGACAAACUGCAAAACGAUUUGAUGCAACAACUUAUGAAUUCCAGGAACAAAUAAAAUUCCAGAAAUCUUAUCUCUGCCUGCCAAAAAGCAGAUAGAUAUUCAGUUUAAUCCAAAUAAAUCCAAAUGUUUUAUAAUUGGCUGCUUAUAAUAAUGUAUUUACCAAAUUUGAACUAAGUUCUGUUUGCGUCUAUUUUCCUUCUGUUUUGAUAAGUGUCUUAGGUUUUCGGAUUUAUUGAUCACAAGAUAAUUGGUAAAAUGAAUUAGAAUGUAAUUAUGGACACUGUUCAUUGAAUUUUUUGAAUGUGUGAAGGAUAUUUAUGAUCUCUAUCGGUCAUCGUCUGAAUUAAGUUGAUUAAUUAUUAGUACAUUUAGAAUUUAUACAUUUCCAGUUUAA